AAUAAAAAAACACAAACGAAGUAAAACUUGCAAACAAAGCCCUGGGUAGUUACUAGUUAGAAGACUAGAGAGCCCCCUACACAGGCAGUCUUCCUUUUCUUCUAGCGGCCACCGCCCAGCUCCAGAUUCGUCAUAUUCACCUCUUCUCGAUUUCCAGACUAGACAACAUGAGAACAAUGGCAGCAGGGACAACCUUGCAGCUCUCGUGCUUCUCUGCAAUGAAUCGCCACCUCCACCUCUCAAGACGUCCUUCACUCCUUUGCACAAGCACUCUUCGCCCAAAGUCUCUGUCUAUUCUUGCUAUGAGUCUUGAAAGCGGUUCAAAGACCAAGAUUAGUGCUAGUUACACAGGGGAUGCAUCACCUGCAAAGUCGGAUCCCAUUUUAGAUGAUGAUCAAGUUGUUCAACCGAAACGUGCAGCCAAGAUUCAUGAUUUCUGUUUCGGAAUUCCAUUUGGUGGGAUGGUUCUGAGUGGUGGACUUCUUGGUUUUGUUUUCACCAGAAAUCCUGCCACACUGGGAUCCGGCAUCCUGUUUGGAGGGGCAUUGCUAGCCCUUAGCAUCUUUAGCUUAAAGAUCUGGAGGCAAGGAAAAUCCAGUUUACCCUUCAUUGUAGGACAAGCCGCUUUGGCUGCGGUUCUUCUAUGGAAAAACCUUCAGACCUACGCAGUGACAAAGAAGGUGUUUCCUACAGGAUUUUAUGCUGCUGUUAGUGCUGCAAUGAUCUGCUUCUAUUCAUAUGUCCUUCUCUCUGGAGGAAACCCACCGCCAAAGAAGUUGAAGACAUCGGCAACUGUCGCAUCAUGAUAAGAUCUGAUUGUCUGACUAGGUAUAAACUAUACAGGUUUGAGAGUUUGCAGGACUAGUUGUACUGAUUAUACGAACUGCAGAGGUGUUUGUUGAUGAAUAAAAUGUCAAUGUUAACUUAACGGUGAGGCUUCAAAUGGCAUCGAAUAUGAAUUUGAUUUGUGUUUUGGUAUAUUAUAGGUA